GUUGGAGGGGCGGAAGCAGUCGCACCCGGUCGCAUGCUUACCCGAGCGUGCGGAAGGCGGGGCCGCUCAGCAGCAGCAGGCGGCAGCAGGGAGGGGCGGGGGCAGCAACGGUAGCAACGGUAGCAGCAACGGCAGCAACGGUAGCAGCGGCAACAGCAGCUGCUACCGUGACCGGCUGCUGGCGGCGUUUGCUGCUGCCGCUGCUGCUGCCGGAAGGCCGCUACAGACCCAUGGGUCGUCAACUCCAAGCCCCACCUGCCCCUCCCGACACGUCUUCAAGCCGGUAGCAGCGGUAGCGACAGCAGCAGCAGCGGCAGCAGAGGAGGAGGAGGAGGAGGCGGAAGAGGAGGAGGAGGGAGAGGCCGCGAACGCCGAGGAACGCAGGGCCCGCUACCGCCGCUGCGCCGCCGCCCUCUCCUGCGGCGGUCUGUGCGGUGUGCGGUGCGCCUGGGGUCAGCUGGCGGAGGGGGCGGCACUGGCGGAGCUGCUGGGCCCCGCCGUGUUUCCCUCCCCCGCCACCCGCCUGCACGAGGUGGGGAUGUGCGUGGUGGAGGC